AUGUCGCAGUACUGGAAAAAGAACAUAGCGGGCAAGUCACAACCCGACAUCUUCUUGAUUAAAGACAUACUAAUGGUUGGGCAGACAGUGUCUGGCUCCGUCUUUUUGUGUAUCUGCUGGCCGCCCUGGCAAUUUUGUUUCAAGGUCAGUAUACCAUUUGAAACCCUUCUGAUUCAAGGACAUCUUAUUGACGGACUGGCCGCAGCUCUUGUUAUUCUAGGCGAUGUUCCUGGGGCUCAAGGAGCUGGUAGUGGUACAUCGGGGUACUAUCUUUUACAAUUCAAUUCUGUGGAUGGAUUGGCAACAACCCGGCUCCGCGUCGGCUAUACAGCUAUGUGCUGCCAACUCUCAGGAGGGCCCGAGCACUGCGCCAUCACCGUCGGCAAAGAUCACACAUCAAGCAUCCGGUAUCUGUCCAUUGGCUCAAACAACAUUUACGACUUCGAGGCCUUGCCUGCGAAUCAAACGCUCAAUCCGAUCCUGUUUGAUGUGGCGGCAUCGCUGCAAAACGAUGUCUUCAUUGUUUUCCCUGCAAUUCCCGGCAUGUUCCUGGCCCUCGGGAUUAUCUGUUUCGCCUUCUACGGCGCCCUGAACAAGCCGUGGGUUGGCCCGGCAUCUUCUUGGAGACAGUCGCAACGGAACCGGAGACUCGACAUCUUGCGGAUCGUCAUCAUUGUGCUCAUCGGGCUUUCAGUCGUCUUCGCUUUCGCCGCAGCUGUGUCGAAUUCACAGAUGUUCGCAGCAGUCCAACUCGCCACAAGCCACAAUGAAGAAGCGCCGGGGGUCUUCCAGGUCUCAAAGGGCAGUGCAGCGCUCGCGCUGCAUUGGCUGGCGGUGAUUUGGACUCUGGGCUUCCUGAUCGGCAUUAUCCAGACACAUGUCGAAAUCAGCGCCGUCAAGAUCAAGGUGAACCCCGGCGACACAGCCGGCACCACGGGAGGCAACCAAUUCCAGGCCAACGGCAGCACAAUCGAGAGAGCUUCGCUCCUGAAGGAUGCAGAACCCAUGGCGAUGAACCCAGCUGGUCUGGCUCCACAGGUUCCCAACCCCAAUUCGACCAACGCACCUGGUGGAUCAAUGGGCAUGGGAGCGCGAGGAGGGAUGAGAGGCGGCGCUCGUGGUGGCGCUGCAAUGCGGGGCAGAGGUGGUGCGGCGCCCAGAGGACGAGGCAUGUAA